UAGGAAUGAUCUGUAUUGUGCCAACUCAUAGAAGGCCACUUCCCUCCUUUCUUGUUUAAUAUCUUCCAACCAACUUCUCUCUCUCUCUCUCUCCUUCCUCUUUGUGUGUGUGUGUGAUAACUUUCCUUGAAAAGUAAGAACAUAUCAGAAUUCUCUCGAGUGAUGGCGGAGGAGGAAGUAAAAGCAGUCGAGUCCAAGCCUUGUACCGAGUCCCCACCUCCGGUGGCUGAGCCGCCAAAAGACGUGGCUGAGGAGAAAGCUGUGGUGCCACCGCCACUACCUCCGGCACAGGAUAAACCAGAAGACUCCAAAGCUCUAGUCAUAGUUGAAAAACCCGAAGCUGCUGCCGAAGAAAAAAAAUCUGAGGAGGGCUCCAUAAACAGAGAUGCUGUGCUUGCCCGAGUAGCUACGGAGAAGAGAUUGUCGUUGAUCAGAGCAUGGGAGGAAAGUGAGAAAUCAAAAGCUGAGAACAAGGCACAGAAGAAAGUGUCGUCUGUCGCGGCUUGGGAGAAUAGCAAGAAAGCGACUCUCGAAGCUGAGCUGAAGAAGAUAGAGGAGCAACUGGAGAAAGAGAAGGCCGGGUAUAUUGAGAAAACGAAGAACAAGAUUGCUCUACUCCACAAGCAAGCGGAGGAGAAACGAGCGAUGAUUGAGGCAAAGCGUGGAGAGGAACUUCUCAAAGCAGAGGAGACAUCAGCAAAAUAUCGCGCCACGGGCACUGGUCCAAAGAAAUUACUUGGAUGUUUCUGAAGGUGAAAUGGGGUUUGAAGCUCAAGUUGAUUUGUACAUUGUUUUGUUAUGGGAUUUCUAUUUAUUGGUUGCCAGAUUCAUUCUGUGGUAUUCUGAUGUAGAAUAUGAUUGUCUCUUGUUGAUUAUCUUAUGCUUGAAUAGUGAUUUAUUUGUUUAUAUAAACUAGAAAUGAAGUUUAUAAGAAAUUUUCACA